CUAAGUUGAAACAUCGCUAAGAUCGAGACCGUUUGUUUCGCCUUUCUCCGCAUCCCACGUGAUCUGCUUAUCUCUCCCCGCUAAAGAGAACAAGAACCGUUUGACCCACAGAUGGUCUGAUCCCAUCUUCACGGCUGUUCGUCGCGUGUAAAGUCCAGCCUCGGUUUGUACGGCAGGCCCAUUGAGAAUGCUACGAUCAUGACCGCACCUGUAGCACUGCGGCAUGUAGUUCGACCAAUGUGUUUCUCGACGUCGACAUGUCUUCCGCAGCGAGCAACACUCAGAUCCCCGCAGGCGGCGGUGGAGUGACGAAGCGGAAGUCGGGGUCCGCUGCUUGCGUUCAUUGCCAUCUCAGAAAAGUCCGCUGCGACGCCCGUAUCGUUGGGCUACCAUGCUCCAAUUGCCGGUCUUCUGGUAAGACAGACUGUCGCAUACACGAAAAGAAAAAGCGGCCAGUUGUCCGGUCGAUUCUUGAUCCAGUCCCGAUACGUUGCCGGCCGCCGUCUGUGCCUGACACUUCCUCAAAACUGCUUUCGCCAGUGUCUCCGAUACGGGCGGCAUCAACAGUAGCUUCCAGUCCGCGGAGUAAUAUCCCUCCUCAGUCAGCUUAUACAGGUAAUGCUCAGGGACCACAAAAUGGGUCCAGCAUGAACCAAAGGCCGGGCUCUUACGACCAGCAACCAUCAUCUGAGUCGUCAACCGACCAUGAAGACCAUCGGGGGCUGGAGAAGCGCUUAGUGAAGCUGAUUGACGAGGAUGAGUUGGAUCAGAGAGAGAUCCAGAGAGGUGUACGUGCGAUAUAUGUCGGACAUGAUGUUUCCAAUAUAUCGUUCCUCAUUCGUCAACAACGAGGGAAAGAUGGUGACGUGUAUCACUUUGCGGGAAACGAUAUCCCUAAGCGCCAUCUGAGAACAGGCCACGAUGAGCUUCUCAAGGAUGCCGUUUCAUUACCUGAGAAGGCGCUGGCAGACGAAUUGGUACAAGCAUAUUUCGCUCAUGUGAACCCUGGAUAUCCCAUUGUCGACGAGGAUGUAUUUAUGACACAGUAUCGGAAUCACGAUCCAUCGGAUCCCCCACCAAUAUUGGUCCUCCAAGCCAUCUUGCUUGUGGGAGCUCAUGUAUCUCGCCCUAUGCCAGAGAGAGACGCAUUGAAAGAGACCUUCUUCCGACGGUGCAAGUGGUUAUUUGACGCGAGAGUCGAGCGGAACAGAGAUAUUCUGGUUCAAGUGGCUUUGCUCCUGACAUGGCACUCUGAUUCUACCGAUGAUGAUGUUUCCGCUAAUGCUUACUAUUGGGUCGGGGUGGCAGCAAGGCUUGCUACGGGUAUAGGAAUGCAUCGUAACCCUGUUUCGAGCAGAUUUACUGCUGGAGACCGGAGAAUGUGGAGGAGAGUAUGGUGGAUUCUGGUGCAAUUCGACGUUAUGGUCUCAUUGUCAUACGGGCGACCACAGGCCAUAAAUCUAGACGACUCCGAUGUUCUCCCUCUGACCCCGUCAGACUUUGAAGGCUGCGGCGCCCAGGUGCAGGUUGACUUUGUUAUCCACUUCACAGAGCUGUGUACGAUGAUAUCGUACAUUCUCAAAGAGAGAUUUGGCUUGAAAAUAAGCCCCGAGCGUCGAAAAGCCGCUCUUCCGCAGGCUGACGCCGCUCUAGCAGACUGGUCUCUUCAACUACCAGAUACUCUACGGUUACGAGCUUCUGAUUUGGACCCAUGGUCGGCCGUGCUUCAUCUGACGUACAAUAACUUUCUCAUCCUUUUACAUAGGCCGCAUCCGAGGGCAUCUGCCUACUCAGAUGACUACGGUCCCCACGAUGCUGAGAUCUGCAGUACUGGUGCUGGAGUCAUUGCUUCAAUUUUUGAGGAACUUCGUCAAAAGGAUCGCCUGAAGUAUCUCUGGAGCUCAUCGGUUUACACCCUUCUCACAGCUAUGAUACAAGUCAGGGUUGAGCUGCGGUUCUCGAACCCUGUGUUGGCCAUAAAUGCUCUGAGACGAUUUGAUUCGACCCUGUAUUCUCUCCGUGAAUUGGCAGAGUAUUGGGCACAUGCAGGAAUGGUUUUCCGACUGUUUGAGGGCUCGAAACGACUGCAACAGGACUUGCGACUGGCCAAGACUGAAAUGCCCGGACAGUUCAAUGGUUCUCGCGGGCACAGUGGGAAUUCGGAUUCUACAUCCAACACCGCAACACCAAUGGUCCAACGCUCUCAAGUGCCCCCACAAUCAGCACCGCAACUACAAAGAUCCCACUCACAUCUCCAGCAAUCUUCUCCGUCUGCAGUGAAUCUACAGAACCAGAAUUAUGACCCUUUCAUCGUUACGCAGCCCCGGUUUGCCGAUACCUCUUUCGAGGGGUCGGAGGGUAUUCCGCCUCCGGAGCCGGUGGAACACUUAGAAGAAACAAGGGGGUAUUCAGACUGGCGACAACUCUUCCCGUUCGUUGACACCGCCCAAUCCGUGCCUAUGGCGUUUGAAAGCCUUCCAGAAAUGGAAGACGAAUGGCGUCAGCUUUACUGGCAGGAGCCUCAGAUGUCAGACUUGUUCCAGGACGGGGGCUGGAUGCAUGGCUGAACAACUUUGAUGCUUCUCGCGCAAAUAUUUUGCAGCGCGCUAUUUUCACCUCCUCAAUGGCCUAAACAUUGGGAGCAACAGGAAAGAGAUUAACAUACUCCUUACUACUAUUUUUAUAUCGCCUAUAUACAUUAUUGUUCUGGGAGGCGGUUUUACUUUCGCAGUUUGAAUUUAAGAUACCAUCAGGCGCAUGUACUACCCCGGAUGUGCCAUUUUCGAUGUAUCUUGUCUCUGCGUUUCGUUUGUCGUCCGAGAUCGAGAGCGGUCUCGUUCAUGGAAGGGAGUCCAAUCGGUGUAACUUUUGUUUUUUGUCAUUAAUGACAAAAUGCAACUGAAUGA